AUGAAUACAACAUUGGUGCAGGAGGGGCAUGCAGUGGUGGGCAAGAAGCGGGGUAAGGAUUGUGUAGCGGAUGUUCAUGAGGGUUGCAAGUAUGCGUUGGGUGGUAACAAUGACAAUAUGCCAUAUAGUGGAAACCCUACUCCUGCUCCAACCACAACCACAACCACAACCACAAUCUUUUGGAAUGCUUCUGAAUUGAACAAAUUCAUCAACUUAAUGAUUGAUAAUGUAAGGAAUGGUCAGAAGUCCAACUCCACAUUCAAUAAGGUUGGGUGGAAUAAUAUUAAAGCAGGACUAGAAGCAACUUUCCAACGUCUAUUUCGAAAAGAGCAGUUGCGUAAUAAGAUGAAUAAGCUACGAGAUGACUAUAAUAGUUUCAGGAGGUUGCUCGAAACUAUGGGAUUUGGAUGGGAUUCAAAUACCUGGACUGCUAUAGCUGCAGAUUCUGUUUGGGAAAAUGCUAUAAAGGCAAAUCCAAAUUGGACCAAAGUCCGAAAGAGUGGAUUUCCAUGGUGGCCAGAGUUGUUAGAGGUUUCCUCAAACUCAAGUGCUCGAGGAGAUAGAGGAGUAUCUCAGCAUAUUGCUGAUUGUGAGGAUGAGAAUGAUACACAUGAUUCCCCUGAAGACGUAGUAGGUCUGGAUGAUAUAGAGCCUACAGUUGUUGACGAAGUGGUUAGUCGUUCUAUAACAAAGCGAAAGCGUGAUAGAAUUCCCACAGACCGAAGGAAGAAGAGUACCAUAAAAGUCAUUACCAAUUCUGCACAUGACUUCAACUUAUAUGUGGCCUGGAAAAUGAAACGGGGGAGUAGUGGUACUCCCACUUCCAGAACAGUUCUUCCAACUGUCAAUAAUCUAGUGGAUGGAAUGUACAGCAUUAAAGCAUGUCAGGUAUUGUUGGACAACAUGACAGAGUUAACAGAAAGGAUGUGGGUGAAGGCUCAACAAAAGAUACACAAGAGUGCUGCUUGGAGAAUAUCAUUUGUAGAAGUUGUUGCUGAAAAAAGGAUGUGGAUGAUUAGAGCAUUGAAGUAG